AUGCUGUCAGCGGUUGGAGCUCAGGAGCAAGUGCCGUCCAAGGAGUGGACGUGUUUGCAAUGGAAGCAACAUAUUAAUUCACAAUUACUAAGGGGCACUACCAAAUCCGAUGUCCUCGCAAUCUACGAAAAGGCCAUUUCAACUAUCGAUGUCGACAAACACAAGAACGAAGUCGAACUCGUAGAUCUGUAUCUUGGUUAUGUUCAGAUUCAAAAUGAAGCAAAUGUCGACCCAUCAAAGACUAGAGCAACUCUUAAAUUAAUGACUCGCUAUUGGCCUACGAAUCCAUCUAUUUACACUACUUGGGCUAAUUUCGAGUUGGUCAAAGAUCAAAAACGACCGGCUACAUCAAACGAUAAGAGGGACAUGAAAUUAUUAGAUCCCUUUCGUGAUAAAGAAGGUGCUCAACAACCAAGAUUGGAUUCUCCUCUUUCAUCUUCCAAGAAUGAAUCCCAGGCUCAAACACCACUUCUCAAAACUCCAAGCCCAGAACAGGGAGUAGAUAAGAAUUCCAUGUCAAGUAGAGCUGGUCCUCGCCGAUUUGGAAUGGCUGGCGGUGCUCAACGUCCUCCCAUGCGAAUAUCAGACGGAAGCAGCCGAGGGUCUGAACUAGAAGAUGAAUCUGAAGACAAGAGUAGAGAUGGCGAUGAUUCGUUUGAGCAGCCACCUACAAUACGUGCUCGACCCAUCAAGAAGGUGGCUGUAGUUAAUGGUGUUGUGGAGGAAAAGCAGAAGGAGAAGGACGUCGUGCCAGAAGAACUCUUACCACAGGACAUAUUGAAAGACUACACUCUGCGUCAAGAAGUAAAGACUUCCAGACCUCCUCCUAAAGCAAAGACUCUUAGCCCUCCUCCUCUUGUUGCUGCUAACGCUGAAGAGCUAGAGGAUGAGGAUAUGAUGGUUGAUACUACUACCAUGAUGUUGACAAGUAGACAUGUUGGACCUGAGAAUUGGAACAGAGCAACUUCAACAGCUCCUGUACCACCAUUUUAUAUGCAAACACCACGAGCUGCUGUACCGCCAAUACCAACACCACCUAAGGAGACUGAUUUGUUACCAUCUCGACAGUCGUUGGCAGAGAAUGUUCGGCCUUUAGUUCCGCCACCUCUUCCGACUUUCGGCAGUGAUGUCUCUAUGCAUCGUGCUUUGGAAUCCAUGGAAAUACAGUCGCCGUUAGCAGCUGCCAAACCAUCAUUCAAAUUGUAUAAUCCUGCUGGAGCCAUGACACCCAAGACUGGCAUCGAGGUCAACCACACUACCUACCGCAAGAUUGAACUAAUCGGACGCGGCGGAAGCUCAAAAGUUUACAAGAUUAUGAAUGAUGCUGGCAAGCUCUAUGCUCUGAAAAAGGUCAACGUGCGAGGGCUGGAGGCCGAUGCCGUUGAAGAUUACAUGAAUGAGAUUGCCCUCCUGCAGCGAUUGAAGAAUAACUCGAGGAUUAUACACUUGUAUGAUUCUGAAGUGAAUUUAGAGAGAGGUGUUAUACUGAUGGUCCUUGAGUAUGGAGAGAUUGAUUUGGCACAUUUGUUGAUGAAGGAUCAAGGAAAGUUGAGCAGGAACUUUAUACGGUUGUAUUGGGAGGAGAUGUUGGAGGCAGUCAACUCGCUACAUGCUGAAAACAUCAUACAUAGUGAUUUGAAACCUGCGAACUUUCUGAUGGUCCAAGGUGGACUGAAGCUCAUUGACUUUGGAAUUGCAAAACACAUACCUAAUGAUACAACUAAUAUACAUCGUGAUCAUCAGACUGGGACCCUGAAUUACAUGUCUCCUGAAGCCAUAACAUAUGUUGAUUCUGGUCCAGGAGUCAAGAAGCCUUCACUCAAGCUGGGACGCUCAAGCGAUGUAUGGUCGUUAGGGUGCAUUCUCUACCAAUUUGUAUUUGGACGAACACCCUUCUCCCAUCUACCCAUGAUGACCAAACUACAGUCGAUUGUGGAUGUGAAUCAGCCAAUAUACUAUCCACCAUUGGAUGAUGAAGCCUUGCUGGAUGCUAUUAAAGGCUGCUUGAAACGAAAUCCGAAAGAAAGGCUGACGAUUGAUGAAUUGUUGAAGCAUCCCUUCUUGCAUCCAAGAGGUGAUACUGUUGAAAUGACACCGCAACUCAUUCGAGACAUUCUGGACGCUGUUAACCAAGUUCGGCCUUUACAACCCCUCUCGCUGGGAAAGGCAGCUCAGAUUCUUUAUAAACAAGCUCGAAUAGGAGUGAAGCUGGACUUGACCAGACCAUGA